AUGGUAAAUGACAUGAAGGUUUGUGAUCUCAUGACAGAACCAAGAAAAGAAUGGGAUGUGGAGCUCAUAAGGAAUGUCUUCCCCGUAGAGAUACAAGAAAAAAUCUUCGCCAUCACCCCGCAAGGACAAUUUGGAGAUGAUACCUACACAUGGGACUUCUUCAAGACCGGCCACUACACAGUGAAAUCAGGAUACUGGGUUCAGAGAAACAUCAUCAAUACAAGCCAGCAGCAACAGUAUGUGAACCAGCCGAGUCUUGAUGGACUGUAUCAACAAAUUUGGAAGCUCAACGCAAAUCCAAAGAUCCAUCAUUUUCUAUGGAAAUGUGUCAACAAUACCCUCCCAGCUGCGGCAAAUAUGAAGAGACCCCAUAUCUCUGAAGAUGGAAGCUGCAUAAGAUGCUCAAUGAAGGGCGAGUCAGUGAACCACAUUCUAUUCAAGUGCCCGUACGCUAGGCUGGUUUGGGCAGUGUCACCAAUUCGUGCUCCUCCAAAUGGUGAAUGGUCAGACUCUCUCUAUGCAAAUCUCUACCGAGUGAUGAAUCAGCAAGAUCAACCAGAAAGCUCAAGAGCUGAUCUGGUUCCAUGGCUGCUAUGGAGGAUAUGGAAAAACAGAAACGAGUUUCUUUUCAAAGGAAUAGAUUACUCAGCACCAAGUACGGUAGACAAAGCUCUGGAGGACAUGGAGGAAUGGAUAGGCAAAAACAAGAAGGAACAUCCAGAGGUUAAAAAAGCCACCCACAACAAGACCCGAGCCAGAUGGAAAGCUCCUCCUACAAAAUGGAUCAAAUGCAGUACUGAUGGUGCUUGGCACAAGGAUCAACAAAGAAGUGGAGUAGGUUGGAUCAGCAGAGAUGAAUAUGGAAGAAUGCUGUGGGCUGGAGUGAGAGGUUUUCAGAGGCUAGGAUCACGUAUAGAAGUUGUGGCCGAAGGUGUAAAAUGGGCGAUUCAUUCGAUGCGACGUCUAGGCUAUAAGCAGGUGAUAUAUGAGAUAGAUUCACUCUUUCUCGCAAAGAUGAUCAACGGGCACGCAGAGGUAUGGCCAAAGCUCCAACCGAUUAUACAAGAGAUAAACCAUACCCUCUCUGAAAACCCUCACUACAAGGUUGUUUUUUACUCGAGGGAUGGUAAUAUGGCAGCAUAUAGGAUAGCGAAUGAGGUUUUUCUCUACAAAAUCAUGUCCCUAAGUUGUAUUCUAUUGUGCCGGAUUGGUUGA